CGUUUUCUGAUUACACUUGUUGGCAUGCUAUAAGUUUAAUUGACUACUACUGAACUUUAUUCUGCAUAAUGGUUAUCAUUGAAUAUGUCUAAACUGUUUAUCUGAAAUGCUCAAAUUUUACCCACAGAUGGCUCCAAAACAGCGUGGGCGCCUGAGGGGUAGCCGUAAGGAUCAGGGCACUCCUCCGAUCCCAGCUGCCAGGCCCCUUUCCCAAGCUGCUUCGCAGGAGGGAGGGACGAGCAAUCCUCAAGUGGCUGCCUUUGUUCAGGAACUUAUGGCAGAGAUAAGACGCCAAGUAUCUCCUGCCACAAGUGUACCACCUCCAUCCCCGGUGGUCUCCACUCCUAUGGCCCCUGCUCCAAUUUCCCUUAUUCCUAUCUCUUCUGCUCUUGCUGUGCCUAGCUGGAAGGUCUAUACAGAAUUCCAGAAGCUGAUGACCAAGGGAUUUGAUGGUACUGCAGGUUUUGAGCAGGUGGGAUUGUGGAUCAUCGAGGUGGAGCGGGGAUUCCGCCUACUGCAUGUUUUUGAUGACCUUAAGGUCAAUGUAGGCAGUUACAUGCUUACUGGGAAGGCAUUAACUUGGUGGGAGAGUUAUCUGAAGCUACACCAAGGAGAGCCUGAAUUGAGCACUUGGGAUGGUUUCAAGAAGGUGUUCAUGCAAGAGUACAUACCGGAUAGCAGAAGGCGUGAACUGCAAAGGGAAUUUGUAGAUUUGAAGCAAGGGUCAGGUAUUGUUGAGCAGUACAAGGAAGAGUUUGACCGCUAUCUGCCUUUUAUGGGUAGCCAAGUUGCCGAUGAGCAAGCCAAGGCCGACAAAUUUUUGUGGGGCUUGAAUUUCGAUAUUUAUUUGGCGUCCUCAGGACAGCACAGCGUUGGGUCAUCCUUGGGGAAGAGAAAAUUCGAUGGGAGCCGUAGGCCCUUUGUCCCUGCACCGCCUAGGCCUGAUAUCAGCAAGGGUUCUAAAGGGCUCGAAGCUACCAAGACUGGGGGCCAGGCAUCCACGGCCCAAUGUGCUCGCCCUACUCCACCUACUUGCCACUUUUGUGGGAAGGUUGGGCACACCCGUGAUCAGUGCCACCUUCUUUCUAGAGCUUGCUUCAAAUGUGGCAAGCAAGGACAUCAGAUUGCAAGUUGUCCGCUGCUAGACCCCAAAACUCAAAGUACUCAAUCUACAUCUCAGCAGGGGUCUACUAAUCAAGGGGCACCGAAACAGAAUGUUGGGGUUAGGAUAAGAGCCCAGCAGGCAAGAGCCCAAGCCCAGCAGGCAAGAGUUCACGUGAUGACCCAUCAGGAAGCUGCGGCUACUGACGUAAUCACGGCUUUGCCUGUUGAUACCUCUGAUUUUGAAUUGCAUGUGGACACCCCUUUAGGAGGGGUGAUGACUACUAGAGAUGUGUGUAGGACUGUGAAUAUUUAUAUUGAUGGUAAACAAUUGGGUGCUAGCCUGUUUGUUUUAGAUAUCUCCGAUUUUGAUAUCAUUUUGAGGAUGGAUUGGUUGUCAAAACAUUUUUCCUCUAUAGACUGUCAUCGAAAAUGGGUAAUUUUUAAUAUCCCUGGUGAGCCAGAAUUUAGUUUCCAAGGCAGUGGUUCUUUUGCUCCACCCAUGCUAAUAUCUGCCUUGCAAGCUCAGAAAUAUCUUGUAAAUGGUUGCCAGGGUUUUCUAGUUUCUGUCACUGAUGCUAGCAGUGUGACAUCGAGACUAGAAGACAUAUCGGUGGUGCGUGAGUUUCCGGAUGUAUUUCCGGAGGAUCUCCCAAGUUUACCUCCGAAUAGGGAGGUUGAAUUUGCUAUUGACCUUGUUCCUAGCACCGGACCUAUUUCUAAAGCACCAUAUCCUCCAAUGUUGUUUGUUAAGAAGAAAGAUGGGAACAUGAGACUAUGCAUUGAUUACCAGGAACUAAAUAAGGUGACUGUGAAGAACCGGUAUCCCCUUCUUAGAAUUGAUGACCUGUUUGACCGCUCAAGGGUGCCCAGAAUUGCUCAGCCAAUGACUCGUCUGAUCAAGAAGGAUGCCAAGUUUGAGUGGACUCCAGAGUGUGAGGAGAGCUUUUUUACCCUGAAGGAGAAGUUGGUCACUGCUCCUGUACUUGCACUUCCAAUCCAUGGGGAAGGAUUCACCAUAUAUAGUGAUGCCUCUAAAAAGGGUUUGGGAUGUGUCUUGAUGCAGAAGGAUAGGGUUAUUGCAUAUGCCUCUCGGCAGUUAAAGCUUUAUGAAGAAAAUUACCCUACCCAUGAUUUGGAGUUGGCAGUUGUAAUAUUUGCACUCAAGAUCUGGAGGCAUUAUCUGUACGGUGAGACUUGUGAGAUUUUCACCAAUCACAAGAGCCUUAAGUAUAUUUUCACUCAAAAGGAGCUUAAUAUGAGGCAGAGGCGAUGGCUUGAACUUUUAAAGGACUACGACUUGACCAUUAGCUACCAUCCAGGCAAAGCUAACAAAGUAGCAGAUGCGUUAAGUAGGAAGUCUUCAGGCACUGCCUCUAACAUCCUUGCCACUCAGAAGGAGUUACUUGAGGAUCUUGUGAAACUGGAUGUGGAGUUGAGAAUGGACAGCACUAUAGCUUAUCUAGCCACUCUCAGUGCACAACCAGCAUUAAUAGAUAGAAUUAAACUUGCCCAGCAGAAAGAUCCUUUCUUGCAAAGGAUGAAGAAAAAGCUGUGUGUACCAAGAGAUCAUGCUUUAAGGCGUGAAAUUAUGGGAGAUGCCCAUUAUACUAGCUAUACAAUUCACCCAGGUAAUGAUUCCAUUUGGGUCAUCAUUGAUCGAUUGACCAAAUCAGCUCACUUCUCACCUUAUCGAACUGGCACCUCCAUUAAGAAGCUUGCCAAUAUGUAUAUGAAUGAAGUAGUCAAGCUGCAUGGAGUUCCUGUGUCUAUUGUGUCAGAUAAAGAUACCAGAUUUUUAUCUCAUUUCUGGACAAGCUUGCAACAGGCACUUGGUACUCAAUUAAAUUUCAGCACGGCCUUUCAUCCUCAAACUGAUGGGCAAUCUGAGAGAACUAUCCAGAUGCUUGAGGACAUGUUGAGGGCUUGUGUUCUAGAUUGGAAAGGUUCGUGGGAUCAACACUUAUCCAUGGCUGAGUUCGCAUAUAAUAACAGUUAUCAAUCCAGUAUCCGCAUGGCACCGUUUGAGGCGUUGUAUGGUCGAAGGUGUAGAUCACCUGUUUGUUGGAUGGAGGUGGGCGAAAGGAGUAUUUUAGGCCCAGAAUUGGUGCAACAAUCUUCUGAGAUUGUGCAGUUGAUCAAGGAACGCCUUCGUGCUGCACAAAGCAGGCAGAAAAGCUAUGCGGAUAGAAGGAGAUGAGACCUCGAGUUUGAAGUUGGUGACCAUGUAUUUUUGAAGGUGUCACCCACUCGAGGUGUCCUCAGGUUUGGCAUCCGAGGAAAAUUGAGUCUGAGGUAUAUUGGACCAUAUCCUAUCUUGGAAAGGAUUGGCUAAGUAGCUUAUAGAUUGGAGUUGCCUGGAAAUCUAGUAGGUGUUCAUGAUGUGUUUCAUGGGUCCUUAGUUCGGAAGUAUGUUUCCGACCCGAGUCACAUCAUUA